AUGGCUUUGGUACCACCUGAAAAAGCACCUUCGUCAGACAGCAGGAGCGCCUCUAAAGAAGAAAUGUUGUUUCAGAAGCCCAAUGAUGAUGAUGACGAUUUGAGGUACUGUAGUUCUGAACCGAGAUCAUAUCUAUCAUCUUUAGAUCGUAUGAACAUUUUCUCAAGUUCCGAUGAAGACGAAAAUGUUGAGCCUGAAAAUGCAGGACUAGUACGAGAAACCCCAAUUUUAUCCGAUGAAGAUACUGUACCACUAUCUCCUGUUAUUCAAGAAAUGUUUCCUACUGGUCAACCUCAACAACUACUCCCUUUCAUGCUUCAUUCAGUUUCAUCCGUUUUGUCGCCGUUAGACUCGCCAGCUAAUAAAACUCGUUCAUAA